ACACCGGACCGGCAACCAGUCGCAGAACAAUGGGCCAGGGGUUCGCGGUGCGGGGAUGACUUUCCCCGUUUCCACCACUGCCCCCGUCCCGGGCAAGGAGAGACAUCUCCAUCUGUGACAGGCUCCGGGCUGCGUCACUCCACCCUCCUCACGCUCCGUUAUGUCAUUUGCAUAGGGAGUGGACUAUAUAAAGCAAGGUGGAUGCUCGGCGGAGGUUCUACCAGCUUAGUGACGGCUCGGCUUGCAGUGGCGCGGCUGUGACGAGCAGAGCUUCGUGGAAGAAUCAAACUCGUUUCGGGUACACCGACAAGGUUUGACCAGAACCAUGAUGAGCGGUCGGACAAGCAGCAGCAGCCGGUCCUCGUCCUACUCCAGGAUGUUCGGGGGGGAGCGUCCCGCCGUGGCUCGGUCCUCCUACUCGAGCCGGCAGUACUCCAGCCCGGUGCGCUCCGCCCGCACCUCGUACAGCGUGUCGUCCGCUCCGCCGAGCAUCCUCUCCUCCAAGACGGCGCGUCUGCGCAGCACCGUGCCGAUGCCGCGGCUCACCGCCGACACCGUGGACUUCGCCCUCUCGGACGCCAUCAACACCGAGUUCAAGGCCAACCGGACCAACGAGAAGGCCGAGAUGCAGCACCUCAACGACCGCUUCGCCAGCUACAUCGACAAGGUGCGCUACCUGGAGCAGCAGAACAAGCUGCUGAUCGCGGAGCUGGAGCAGCUGCGGGGCCAGGGCAAGUCCCGCGUCGGGGACCUGUACGAGGAGGAGCUGCGGGAGCUUCGCAGGCAAGUGGACCAGCUCACCAACGACAAAGCCCGGGUGGAGGUGGACCGGGACAACCUGGGGGACGACAUCGAGCGCCUCAGACAAAAACUGCAGGAGGAGAUGCUGCAGAAAGAGGAUGCAGAGCACAAUCUGCAAGCCUUCAGACAGGAUGUGGACAAUGCCUCACUGGCCCGUCUGGACCUGGAGAGGAAGGUUGAGUCACUGCAGGAGGAGAUCAUCUUCCUCAGGAAGCUCCAUGAUGAGGAGAUGGCUGAGCUGCAGGUCCAGAUCCAGGAUCAGCAUGUCCAGAUAGAGAUGGACGUGGCCAAGCCUGACCUGACUGCUGCCCUGCGGGAUGUGCGGCUGCAGUAUGAAACCCUGGCCACCAAGAACCUGCAAGAGUCUGAAGACUGGUACAAGUCCAAGUUCGCUGACCUGUCGGAGCAACAGCAGCGCAACAAUGACGCUAUCCGCCAAGCCAAGCAGGAGGCCAACGAGUACAGACGGCAGGUACAGGCUCUGACCUGUGAGGUGGAUGCACUGAAGAGCACAAACGAGUCUCUGGACCGUCAGAUGCGGGAGCUGGAGGAUAAUUUUGGGAUGGAGGCCUCUGGCUACCAGGACACUGUUGCCAACCUGGAGGAGGACAUCCGCAACAUGAAAGAUGAAAUGGCCCGUCACCUGAGGGAGUACCAAGACCUCCUCAACGUCAAGAUGGCCCUGGAUAUUGAAAUUGCCACCUAUCGCAAACUGCUGGAGGGAGAGGAGAGCAGGAUUACUACCCCCAUGCCAAACUUCUCCACCCUCAACCUGAGAGAAACCAUGUUAGAAACCAGACCAAUGAUUGACAGCCUGUCCAAGAAAGUCCUGAUAAAGACCAUAGAAACCAGGGAUGGACAUGUAAUCAAUGAGUCUACCCAGCAACACGAUGACCAGGAGUGAGUUGGAUGGAGGUGUCCCCUGACAGGCACAGGCUCGGGGCGGUGGGGUAGGGGGGUGGGGUAGUAGUAAAUGAAUGCAUAAUAUGCAUGAAAGUAAACAAUGCUAAAAUGGAGGAAGGGUUAGAUGAAUGCAGAAAAUAGGGAGAUAUCAAUGUUUUCGUGAAGGUACAAACAAAACCAACAAACUCAAAAAAAAAGAACAGCUUUAAAAGUGCCUUUCUAGACACGUUUUGGUGGAGCUUGCUUGCUUGAUAAGGUUUCUCUUAACCAAGGAUCAGUAGAACAGAAUAGAUUCUGCCAUAGAGGAGAGGAGUCCGCUUUAUUGAAUGUUUCUGUUGUUCAACACUGUAGUUUCUUCACAUCUGAGGAAAAACCGGCACACGACAGUACUUCGCCAAUUUCUGUCUCACUGUGGAAAACCAUACAAGUCCAUGUUUCGUUUUCAGACAGAUGGAAGUAGGAGAGGUUGUGUACUUCUAGUUCAUUACUAACAUUGGCACACAAAGUGAGUGGAACUUUUAUUCGACCGUAAGUUUGUGUUAAGUGCUGUUGAAUGCUCCAAAAAAGACAAAACUCUUAACAGACUUCUAAGGCUCUUUGUCUGAAGGCUUCACGUUGCCUUUACCAAAUGUUGAUUUACCAUUAUUGUCCAGUACUCACCUCGAUACCAAGUACCACAUCACUCUGUCAAUGAUAUAAUAAUGCUACUCUGUACCAAUAAACACCUGAAAA